AUGGGCGUUCAACUUCAAGAAAACGGCCCUGGGGAGGCGCCCAUGAAUCCAGAGGUAGCGGUUCCUCUGUUUGUCGUUGGGGGACUCGUCGCUAUCUUGUUCGCCUGGAGAACCGUCAUCCGAGUUAGACACCGUCGUCGGUCAAAAAUGGCCUUGAUGAAUGACGACCAAAGGGGACUAUCGCGGACAAAUACUGUCAUUUCGAGCCUUAAGAAGCAUCUGCUCUAUGCACCACUUUUCGGAAAUCGACACAGCCGCGAGUUCCGAUUCAUGAGACUCCACAUGGGAUCGGCCCCCUUGCGGUUGGAGAUGAUCCUCUUGCUGAUCUACCUUGCUUUGAAUGUCGUCUUCGUCAUUGUGACAGUAGACUGGUGGGAGGGCUUCUCCAAGAAGAUGUUCCAGCUCAAGUACGCCGCCGGCCAUUUGGCUGUCAUGAAUACUCCUGGGUUGGUACUGAGUGCUGGGCGGAAUAAUCCCUUGGUGGCUCUGCUUGGCCUGUCUUUUGACACCUUCAAUUUCAUGCACCGAUGGGUUGGUCGUGUCAUUGCAGUCAAUGCUGUCAUACACAUGAGCGCCGUUCUCGCAAAUCAAGCCUAUGAGAAAGGCACAGAUUAUAUUCUUUACUCUAUCUGGCAGAUGCCCUUUUAUGUUUACGGACUUGUUUCACUUCUCGGAUUCGUUUUCAUCUUUUUUCAAUCCUUGUCGCCGGUUCGACACUCCUUUUACGAACUUUUCCUUCACUUGCACAUUGCCUUGGCUAUCAUGUCAUUCGUUGCUCUGUGGUACCACCUUAAGAAUUUGUUGCAGCAACGAGUACUUCUCGGUACUUUGAUUCUGUGGGGUCUUGAUCGAGCUGGCCGUCUUGGGAUUCUCAUCUGGAGAAACUGCGGCAAGCGACGCACAACGGCGACUGUCGAAGUUCUGCCGGGCUCCGUGGCUCGCGUGGAUGUGGAUGUCUCCCGAGCUUGGAACUUCCGCCCUGGUCAAUACAUGUAUCUGUACAUGCCAUGUCUAGGAUUAUGGACAUCACAUCCUUUCACGGUCGCUUGGAAGUCAAUGAAUGAUGACUAUAUGAAUAUGAGCGAGAAAAAUAGCUCAAGUGAUUCAUUCGCCGCUCUUCUCGAGGGCUCGCAGACGACUACCAUGUCGAUUCUGAUCAAGGGUCAGGAUGGAUUUACUAAGAAGCUUCUCCAAAAGGCCGAGGACUCGCCCGAAGGUCGAAUUAAGGCUAUGGCACUGGCUGAGGGUCCAUUUGGCGGUAUUCAUUGUCUCGCUUCGUAUGGAACAUUGCUCCUGGUCGCUGGGGGAAUCGGAAUCACCCACCCGAUGUCAUAUUUACAUGAUGUUGUCUCCAAUUUCGCUUCCAAGAAGACGGCAACUCGCAAGGUCCAUCUUGUUUGGAUGAUUCGAAACUUAGAUCAUCUAGCGUGGAUCCACACAUGGAUGCUGGAUGUCUUGAGCCACGACGCCCUGAACAGCAACAUCAACCCCAACGGAAACAAUUAUUUCCAAUUCCCGGGUCUGAUGCUGUCCAUCCGCAUUCACGUAACAGGCCACAAAGAUGACACUGAAGAGCACAUCCCCCAGCCUGACACCCCAUGGACGGAAUGCGCCCCGGCCAAUGUCUCCGUGAACGUCUUCCACGGCAAGCCAUGCUUCAAGUCAUUACUGGAGAAUGAGAAGGCUGAGCAAGUUGGUGCACUGGCAGUCAGUGUCUGCGGCCCUGGUGGUCUGGGAGAUAGUGUCCGUGAAGCCGUGCGAGAUGUGCAAGGAGACAAGACGGUUGAUUUGUUCGAAGAGGCGUUCUCGUGGUGA